AACCUGACUGUGCUGCAAUAAGCUUGUUGUAUAUGAUCUACAUCAACAGGUCCGGGGAGUAAGUGGGUGAGUAUUAUGACAGGUAACCUUGUGCCGGAUGUCAUUUGACACGGGUGCGGGUGAGGGGCGGAGGUCUGGCCUUGUCCAGGUGUGCGCUGGACGGUGUUACAGGCGGCCUAAGUUUACUGAAUGAAGAUUAGAAGAGGCAAGCGCUGCUGCAACAUUUCCCAGUCAGCCAGUGAGCCGCGAGAGCGACCCCGGCGCUCGCGCUUCUUGCGGACCCAGUUCCCUGGCAUAGAGCUGCAGUGCGCCUGCGCGGAAGCGCCGCCAUUUUGGCCGUGCUGAUAGUCUGAUGUUGUAAGGAAGGCUGAGCCGAGGCCGAACAGCGUGUCGCGAAAUGGCCAAUAUCGCAGUGCAGCGAAUUAAACGAGAGUUCAAGGAGGUCUUGAAGAGCGAAGAGACCAGCAAGAAUCAAAUAAAAGUAGAACUCGUAGAUGAAAACUUUACAGAAUUGAGAGGAGAGAUUGCAGGGCCUCCUGAUACACCAUAUGAAGGAGGGCGAUAUCAACUAGAAAUUAAAAUCCCAGAAACAUAUCCAUUUAAUCCUCCAAAGGUUCGGUUUAUCACAAAAAUUUGGCAUCCAAAUAUUAGUUCAGUAACGGGAGCCAUUUGUUUGGAUAUUCUAAAAGAUCAGUGGGCAGCUGCUAUGACUCUACGGACAGUUUUAUUAUCGUUACAAGCCUUACUGGCAGCGGCUGAACCAGAUGACCCACAGGAUGCAGUAGUCGCACAACAGUACAAGCAAAAUCCAGAGAUGUUCAAACAGACAGCCAGACUCUGGGCACACGUGUAUGCGGGAGCACCAGUUCCUAGCCCUGAGUACACUAGAAAAGUAGACAAAUUGUGCGCUAUGGGCUUUGAUAAAAAUCCCGAAUGAGGCCAGAGGAAGGCAGUGGUUCUGCUGAAUAUUUCUUCUAUCAAAAGAGAAGUGAUAGAUCUGUGACCAUUUUCUGAAAAAAAAUCCAGUUAAAUACACUUUCCUGUUAGAGGGAGGGAAAUUCACAUUUAAAGUCGAAGUUGUAUGUAUAUAAAACCCAUUAUUUUAAUAGUUCUCCUCUACUGUUUAUUAAUUCAUUGACUUGUACACCAAACUGCUUGACAUCUCUAGUGCUGAAUUAUGUUUGCAUAAUUCUAUUUUGUUCCCAUUUUCUUGACACUGUGAUUCCAUAUCUCCAAUCCAAGUGCUUUCACUGUAACUCCAACAAUAGCUAUUCUUCCUUAACCUAUAUAUAUACUUUCAGUUCCAGGAUCCCAUAAAUCUAUCCUCAGCUUCUUUCUCCCAAAUUUACAUGCUGCCAUUUGGUGACAUUGUAGGCAAUCAUGUUAGCUUUCAGUUGCAUGUUUGUUAUUUAGCUUUAGCUCUUUACCACUUCUUUCAAUCUUUAAUUAUAUUCUUGGUGUAAGAGUGCUUAUGCAGUGAAAAAUCAGGAAUCAAUUACAAUUUCAUUGGGAAGAACAAGAGUUUCAUCUGUCCAAAUUGCUUCAGUCAGGCAAUUCACGCUCGGUAUCUUGCUGAAUUGAUAACCCUGCAUUAUAAUUAUCACUAAUUCUGCUUUCAUCCACCUCUGCAAAUAUUAUGUACAUGCCGUCUUGCUUUUCUCCUGGUGAAAUCUUGAUUAGUCUUGUCACUUCCUGACUCACUACUCAAUUGCAUCUAGUUCUUUGUGACAAACAUUUGUUUCCUGCCUUGCAACAUGUUAAUUUCAUAAUCUCUGCCUGAAUUCUUUGGUCUUUCUCUGCUCUUAACUCUGUAUAUUAAAACUUGCCUUGUAUUGACUGGGACAGCCAUAGUGCAAAGGGCUUGGAUUGGGUAGAAUUUGUUAAGUGUCCAAAAAGGUUUUCUCAAACAAUGUGUAGAUGGCCCUGCUAGAGAAGGGACAGCACUGGAACUCAUAUUGGACAGAGAGGCAAGACAAGUGACUGAAGUGUCAGCGGGGGAGCACUUUGGGGCCAGUGAUCAUAAUUCUAUUAAUUUUAAAAUAGUUAUGGAAAAAGAUAGGACUUGUCCACAAAUUAACGUCUUAAAUUGAGGCAAGGCAAAAUUUGAAGGUAUUAGAUAGGAGCUUGCAAAGGUUGAUUUGGAGAGGCUCUUUGUCUUGGAAGUGAAAGGCUUUUAAAAGUGAGAUAGCAAGUAGUAGUUAGGGGACAGCAUGUUCCUGCUAGAGUGAAGGCCAAGGCUGGCAGGAUUAGGGAACCCUGGUUCAUGAGGAACAUUGAGGCACUGGUCAGGAAAAAGGAGGUGUACAUCAGGUAGAGGCAGCUGGGAUCAAACUAAUCCCUAGAGGUGGUUAACAGAUCUUAGGAGUAAAUUUAAGAAGGGAACAUGAGAUAGCUUUGGCAGAUUAGGUAAAGGAGAAUCCUAAGAGAUUCUACAAAUAUAUUAAGAGCAAAUAGGGAGAGAACAGGUCUCCUUAAGGAACAAUGUGGUCGUCUAUAUGUGUAGCCACGGUAGAUGGGUGAGGUGUUAAAUGAAUAUUUCUCGUUUGUAUUUACCGUGAAGAAGGUCAUGCACGCUGAAGAAUUACGGGAAAUGAAUAGUGAUGUAUUGGAACAUAUCCACAUUGCAAAAAAGUUGCUGGCAGUCUUAAGGCAUAUUAAAUUGGAUGAAGCCUCGGCCUGAUCAAGUGUAUACUAGAACAUUGUGGGAAGCUAGGGAAGAAAUUUCAGAGGCCCUGGCAGAAAUAUUUGCAUUAUCUUUAGCCAUGCGUGUGAGGUACUGGAAGAUCUAGUCAAUUGGAUACAAAAAUGACUUGGAGGGAGCUAGAGGGUGAUAGUGGAGAGUUGUUUCUCACAUUGGACGCAUGUGACCAGUGGUGUGCCACAGGGAUCGGUGCUGGGUCCAUUGAUGUUUGUCAUCUAUGUUAACAAUUUGGAUAACAGUUUUGUUAUCGUGGUUAGUAAGUUUGCUGAUGACACCAAAAUUGGUGGUGUAGUGGACAGUGAAGGUUAUUUUAGAUUACAACAGGAUCUAGAUCAAUUAGGAAAGUGGGCAAAGAAAUGACAGAUGGAAUUUAACUUGGAUAAAUGAGAGGUAUUGCAUUUUGGUCAGUUAAAGCAGGGCAGGACUUGCACUGUAAAUGGUUGGGUCCUGGAGAGUGUUGUAGGACAGAGACCUAGGGGCUAAGGUAUAUAGUUCCCUGAAAGUGACAACACAGGUAGAAAGGUUGGUGAAGGUGUUUUUCAUGCUUGCCUUCAUCAGUCAGGGCAUUGAGUACAGCAGUUGGGAUGUGAUGUUCCAAAUGUACAAGUCAUUGGUGAGACCACACUUAGAGUAUCGUGUGCAGUUCCGGCUGCCCAACUAUAGGAACGAUGUCACUGAGCUGGAAAGGGUGCAGAAAAGAUUCACAAGGGUGUCACCAGAAUUGGAGGGGUAGGGUGGGGGGGCUUGAGUUAUAAGGAGAGGCUGGAUAGGCUGGGGGUAUUUUGCCUGGAAUGUUGGAAGCUGAGCAGUGACCUUGGAUGUAUAAAAUCAUGAGGGACUUGGAUAAGGUGGAUGAUCAGUCUUUUUCCCAGGAAACUCCCCUGUCCUGAGCAUAAAUUUAAAGUGAGAGGGGAAAAAUUUAAAAGGCACCUGAGAGGCAACUUUUUCAUGUAAAGGGUGGUUGGUAUAUGGAAUGAGCUGCCAGAGAAAGCUGUAGAGGUGGAUAGAAUCACAAUAUUUAAAAGACAUUUGGACAGGUACAUGGGUAGCAAAGGCCUAGAGGGAUAUGGGCUAAAUGCAGGCGAAUGGGACUGACUCAUAUUGACAUAUUGGUUGGCUUGGAUGAGUUGGGCUGACGGGCCUGUUUCCAUUCAGCAAGUUAGUUCAGCAAGUUUGGGACAUUAGUGCCAGACUAACAGAUUUUCCAGACUCUUGGAUGUUAAUUCAAAUAAUACUCCAACUCUUUUAUUUUUUUUGGUAGUUGUUACACAGUAGUAUAAUAAAUUUUCCAGUGAACCUGGUGAGUUUUAAUGGAGAGUGGGAAACAGGGCCUCGGGCCCUGGUGUAUUAAUAAGUCAGAUGCUGAACCAUUGGGAUUUCUAUGCAAUUGGAUUGCAGAUUAUUGGAGUCUUUCUGUAAUUUGUUCUGGUUUUGUAUGCCCUCUGGAGCACUCCACUCCUUUUACUGCUGUCUGCAUCUAUACUCAUGCUGUACAGGUGGCAGUCCAUUGAUGUCUUAAUCUUUGAAAAUCUUCUCUCUCCCCUGGCAACUUUUCAUACACUUGAAAUAUUUAUUUAGCUUAGUUUAUUAUCAUCACUCCAAGUUGCAUCCUGCUUUUGUACAUUUUUAUUAUGCUGCUAAGAAUUAUUCUUUGAAGCAGCACAGGUGGAAACAGUUUGGGCCAUCAUGCUACUGCUGGCACUUUUGUAGACUUAUCCAAAUAGUUUCUUUCCCUGGCCUGUAAUUUUCUUUCCCCUUGCAUAUUCAUCGAUUUUUUUUUUUUGCUGUGAAAGUUACUGUUGAAUCAGCAUCUAAUACCCUCACACUUUUCAGUUAUCAUCUAGGUCUGGGGGGGAAAACUGAGAGACUGUUAGAUAGCUACUUAAAAUCUACCCUCUAGUUACUGGCCCUUCUGACAAUGGAACUUGUUUCUCAUUUAUGUUAUUUGUUAAUUUGAACACCUCUAUCAAAUAUCUUAAACUGCAGUAUGGAGAAGGACUUUAGUCUUCCCAAUUUCCCCACAUUAAAGAAGCUUGUUCACAGUGGUAUGCCAGUAAUUAUCUCUGCACACACUAUACCUUCAUUCUCAUCCUAAACUCUGCCCUGAACUGAGCACAAUACUGCAAUGUAUUUUGAUGAGCAUUUAAAAAUAUUUAGCUUAUUUUCCUUGUUUUUCUAAUCUCUCCCUCUAUUAACAAGGUUUAUUUUUACUAAGCAGCCUUCUCAGUUUGUCUGCUCUCUUUCAAAAAUGUAUGUAUAUAUUUCCAAGUAUCAAUGUUCCUGCAACCUCUUUAAAAUUGUACCUUUUAGUUCACCUUGGUUCAAUUGGUCUUAAUAAAGUAUAUCAGCAC